GGCAUAUUUAGUCUUCUUUUUUUAUCUUUUCCACCUGUGGCCACAGAAUUGUUCUUCUUACAUGCAUUUAUAUCAGACGGUAACUUAUUUUUAAGCUACAUCCUCGGGCAAUUGAAUUAUGGAGGAUACAGAAAAAUUUUUAUUCACAUUUAAAGGAUUUAAUUUUGCAUGUUAUGGAAUUAAUGUUGAGUUUUUAGAAAAUCUGGAUGAUUUUGAAAUCCGAGAUGAUGAUGUCUUCAUAAUCACAUACCCAAAAUCUGGAACCACAUGGGCUCAGCAAUUACUAAGCCUGAUUUAUUUUGAAGAGCAUCGCAAAAGAUUGGCAAAUGUGGACACAAUGGAUCUAGUGCCCUUUCUAGAAUACAGUCUUGAAGGAAGAAACUUUGACAAAAUACCAUCUCCUCGACUUUUCUGUAGUCACGUUCCAUACUACUUGGCUCCCAGAGGGCUGAAGAAUAAAAAAGCCAAAAUUAUUUAUGUGUACAGGAACCCUAAAGACGUUAUGUGCUCAUUUUUUCAUUUUUCAAACAUGAUGAGAAUAUUGAAACCAUCCACCAAUAUGGAGGAAUUUAUGAAACUCUUUUUGGAAGGAAAAGUGACUGGAAGCCUUUGGUAUGACCAUAUCAAAGGUUGGUAUGAGCACAAAUGUCACUUCAAUAUUCAGUUUAUAAUGUAUGAGGACAUGAUAAAGGAUCUGAGAAGUUCUAUAUUAAAAGUCUGUACAUUUCUGGGGAAAGAAUUGAAUAAAGAAGACAUAGAUGCUGUUGUGAGUCAAGCCAUGUUUGAAAACAUGAAGUCUGAUAAACGUGCAAAUAAUGAAAAUCUGCUAAAGAGGCUACCUGAAAUUAGAAGAACAGAUGGCCAUUUUCUUCGCAAAGGUACCAUUGGAGACUGGAAAAACCACAUGACUGUUGCCCAAAAUGAAAGAUUUGACAAGAUUUUCCAAAGGGAGAUGAAGGACUUACCCUUGAAGUUCAUCUGGGAUAUAAAUGAAGAAUAGAAUUCUAAGCUCAAGCCAAAUAUUUUAAGAACACACAUUCAGAAAGAAACAUUUAAUGAUGCACUUUAAUCUUUGACUAUUCUUGGAUCACAACUAAAAACCUUAAUGAUUAAUAUACAGUAAUGUGGUAAUUCUAUAUCCUUUAGCAUAUGUGGCCUGUUUUCCAAUUCAUGGGUUCAUCAAUUUCUGAUGAAGAGAGGAUUCUCCUUAUUUUGUUAGUAUAGGAUUAUACUAAAUAUAGUAAAAUAUACUAAAAUAUUUUAAUAAUAAAAGAAUUUAUACUAAA